UGUCAGUGUGCCUCCCCACAUACAUGACAGUUGCACUCGGAUACAAAAGAGAGACGGCACAGAAACCUCAGGCUCAGAUCAGAAGUUGGCAGCGACUUGAUAAUCGCACAGGAUUGUUGCAGAGGAGAAAAAGUAGGGGAGGAGGUUCUGAUGCAGGAGAAAAAAAGGGGGUGAUCUGUGAAACGUCAGGAGCAGCACAAAGGCUUUGCCACGUAAUUACAGGCAGUUAUUAAGGCGAUCUGCCCUCCCCAGGGUCUCCAAUUUUCAUUUACUCCUCUGCACAGUCUCCCCCUUCCAUGCCAGUCUGGAGCUUUUGAUGUGCCAAAGAGUUGCUUGAUCCAACUGAAAGGAGGAAUCGUUGGAAAGGAAAAAAAAAAAAAAAGAGGUCCCCAGACUAUUGCAGAUUCCCCUUCCCUGUGCAAGAAGAGAUUUUUUGUUGCUGUUGCACAUACAUCUGCAAGACAUCAUCAUCCUCAUCCUCCUCAGAGCUGCAACAACCCAAGAAGUCACUCCUGAGAUUGGAGAGUGCAGGGGAGAGGGAGGGAGGAAGGGCAGAGAACUCUUUGCUAUCAACAUGCGUCAGGGCUGACAACUUUCUGCUCUUGGACUUUCUCUUGGAUUAAGGAAUAUUGGACAGAAAUAAAUAAACUCGUUGUCUGCGCGACAUCGAACCAAAGAGACCCAUCUUCCGGAUCUUGGAUUAUUAUUCUCUGGAUUCCAAAGAUUUGGGAUUUCUCCCCCGAUUGCUGCGCCAAGCCCAAGAAGGAGAAGUAGCCGCGUUUCCAUCUGAGCGCUUUUUGGAGAUUUUGAAUCUCUCAACUAAAAACUUGAUUGGAAGCAGCAUGAGCUCCAGCUAUAACCACCACGUUGUGGACAGGCAAGGCAGCCGCUUGGAGAGUCCCAUCACGGCCAGUCUGGACAAUUUACAGGCCAAAAAGAACUUCUCGGUGAGUCACCUGUUGGAUCUGGAGGAAGCUGGGGAAAUGGUGGGGGCACAAGCCGAAGAUGGAUCAGGGGAAGCCGGCAGGAGUUUACUGGAGUCCCCGGGUUUGACCAGUGGAAGUGACACUCCUCAGCAAGAAAAUGAACAGAUGACUGCAGAACAGAAGAAAAAGAGAAAGCAAAGGAGGAACAGAACUACAUUUAACAGCAGUCAACUGCAAGCUCUGGAAAGAGUGUUUGAGAGGACGCAUUAUCCAGAUGCCUUUGUACGGGAAGACCUAGCGCGCAGAGUUAACCUCACUGAAGCCAGAGUCCAGGUUUGGUUCCAGAACAGAAGAGCCAAGUUCCGCAGAAAUGAAAGAGCUAUGCUGGCAAACAAGAAUGCUUCCCUUCUCAAAUCCUAUGCAGGAGAUGUGACCGCUGUGGAACAGCCCAUUGUACCCCGCCCAGCCCCGAGGCCCAAUGAGUAUCUAUCUUGGGGCACAGCAUCCCCAUAUAGUGCCAUGGCUACCUAUUCCUCUACCUGUGCCAACACCAAUCCUGCCCAGGGGAUGAACAUGGCCAACAGCAUCGCCAACCUUAGGCUGAAGGCAAAGGAAUACAGUUUACAGAGGAACCAAGUGCCAACAGUCAAUUGAAAAAAGGCUGACUGCAGAAAUACUAUACUAUUGCCAAAUUCCUUCUUGUAAUAACCAAAACUUUAUAAUGGGAUAACGUGGAGAUGAGCAGGGUACAAACUGACAUGCUUUGAAAUAUCCCUUUUUUUUCCUUUUGGAAAAAUGCCACCAGCUAGUUUCCAUUUUGUUUUUGUUUUGUUUUUUUCAUGCUUUGCUUUCUAUAGUAAAAAGCUUAUCCUGCACAAAAACAGUUUGCCUCUGUUACAUGGACAAGUCAGUCUUAAUUCACAGCACCAGACACAAGCAGAGCUACCAUCUAAAACCCUUUUUUCAGUACAAGUGUCACUUUUUGGGUCCCUUGUGCCAUACGAAACAAUACAACGAUCGGGCCCACUCUCAUUGUAUCUGCUGUACCCCAGGCCUUGGCCCUAAGACUUAACAAAUACCACCCCAAAUACCUUAAUUUUGAUGCAAAAGUGGAAACAAUUUCUUUUUACAAUUUCUAAAAAUGGCUCUUGAAAAAAACCCCAUUAUACUAAAAUAAGCACUUCUACAUAUUGGUAAAUAUCACAGGAAAUCUUAUUCUCUAAGGGGCAUAUUUAUCAAGGGUCAAAUUUCGAAAAGAAAUUCAAAUUCAAAAAGACCAGACGAAAGUUUUAUUUUGGCCGAAUAGGUCUGUUUUCGAUCGAAUAGGUCCAUAUUCGGAUCGUACGAAUAGAAUUAAAAAUGCAUACGAUCCAAUUCGAAACAAAGUUUUUCUCAAAAAAGAAAUUUUUCAAAGUCCACCAAUUGACUCCAAAUAGGUUCUAGGAGGUCCCCCAUAGAC